AUGGGCAAUUUUUUCGCAACAUUGGGGCAUGAGUAAGUUUACCGUAAUUUUUGACAUUCUUAAUCCAUGUUUUUUACAGACUCGACAAGUCAAAUUGCAUAAAAUCUCAAAAUUGGACGGAAUGCCUCAUCAUAAAUCGCCAAAACAUCCUGCAUAAGAAAUAUACUGACUUUAUUCUGAUCAUGUGCCUGUUCAUCGUGUCUUCCCUCGCAUCCGGAUUCAUUAUUUAUACCAUUCACUCCCGCACUGCAAAUCCAGUAGAUCCAAGUCGAGAAUUUUAUCGAAAAAAGAGAGAGAAAAGAUGGCGCGAAGUGAAAAAUCGAAGAAAAUUGAGGGAAAAUCGACUGAUAAAUGGAAACAAAGGUGCUCAAGUGAGUCUUACUGUCUUUACAACAGAUUUUAAAUUAUAUUUUAAUCUUGGUUUUACAACGUUUCUCCGCACUGUGCAAAGGAAUUUGAUUUUUGCACUGUGCGGAGCCAAAAAUAGGCUAAAAUUCGGCGUGCACGGUGCAGCCGGUUAUAUUUUUUGCACAGUGCGAAUUAUGAAAAUUUUUCUAUUUUUUCUCUUUCAGCAGGCUUCCUCAGCAUAUGCCAAAUCGACCAUAUCAACCACCACUCCAACUAAAACACCGUCCCGUUCCGCCUUACAUUCUCCAGGUUCAAAAAAUCUUGUGAGAACAAAGGGAAAAGUUGCAGUUUUGGCGGAAAACUCGGGAAAAACAAUUCAAAAUGCCCUGAGGAAACGUUGGAUAAUCGAAAUGGAAGAUCAGCAGGCUUAUGUAGACAACAUGUUUAGACAACAAGUAAGAGUUUUGAGACAAUACUUUAAAAAAAUUAAUUUUAUUUUUGCACUGUCAAAUACGUGUGAUUUUUGCACUGUGCGACGGCAAAAAUAGGCUGAAGUUUGUCUCGCACAGUGCAAAAUGUUUGAGUUUACGCACUGUGCCGGUUCUUACGUAUUUUUAUUUGAUGACGAAAUAGCAAUACUUUGUGUUAUUUUUCAGGUGUACCUCUACCGAAUGCACAAUAAAAUCAUGGACAGAGGAGCUAAAAAUAAAUAA